AUGACGAUCAAGUUGCAGAAGAAGAGGGACUCAGAAGAUGGUUCAAACAACAAUGUCCUUUCGAUCACAACAAAUGGCCACGAAGACAGGGUCUACACAUAUACAGAAGCUAUUAAUUUAGCAGGCACUGGUUGCUAUAGCAUAGGUCUCUUAUCAACCCUGAGUAUGUGUGGACUGGCUAUGGGAAUGGAUAUGUUUGGUUUCUCCGUGGUGGUCACCGGCUGUACCUGCGAUUUUAAUUUAGACAUCAGGCAGACUAGCAUCUUGCUAUCCAUGCCUUUUUUAGGUCCCAUGGCAAUGGCGUAUCCAUGGGGUUAUUUGUCCGACACCCAGGGUCGAAAGAAAGUUUUGUUCAUCGCUAUGUGCGUCAGCUUUGUUGUGUCUAGCAUCAGUGCCUUCUCUCCCAACUGGGUCGUCAUGGCUGUGCUUAAAUUUAUUAGUACUAGUUUCUGUAGUUGUGCUCAAUCUACAACUUACACACUACUUGGAGAAUCCUGCGCAGAGAAAGCGAGGGACUCUUACAUGUUGAUAAUGACCAGCGUACUAGAUUUCAGUUUAGCAGCUUAUGUUGUGGUGGCAUACUGGGUCUUGAAUCUCGACUUUUCCUACGACAUGGGUGGUGGUAUAGAAUUCACUCCGUGGCGUCUUCUAGCCCUUUUACUUGCAUUGCCACUUGGCUUCGGAGCCAUUGGCAUUUACUUCUUCUACGAAAGUCCCAAGUUUCUGGUUAAUGCUGAGAGGAAUGAGGAAGCUUUAGAAAACCUGACGAAAAUCUGGCAGAGGAACAAAGGAAAAGGAGAUAAGUAUCCGGUAAAGAAAAUAAUUUUAAACGAGGUUGGCAACGAACGUCGCAAAGAUGUAUCUCUAUUGCAAUCACUCUGGGAACAGAUCGUGCCCCUCUUCAGGGCUCCCCUUAUCUAUAGAAGCAUGCAGCUGUAUUACUUCACCGCCGUUGUAUUUAGCACAAACAACAGCUUCUUCAUUUGGUUUCCGUACUUAGUAAAAAAAUUCGAUGCUGGCAUGAGCGCAUUCAACGCUGACGACGAGGCAGGACUCUGCCACAUGAUCGUCAGUAAUUAUAACGAGACGAAAUCUUUAGAUGCAUGCACCUCAAAAGUGGAGAUCAACCUAGUAUGGUCUAGCCUGGCCCAAGGAAUCUCUUUUGUCCUGAUAAUGUUUGUCAUUACAAAGCUGGCGUACAGGAAGAAGGCUUUGACGAUCAUCAUUAUGACCACGGCAGGGUUCGCGUCUAUUGGCGCUGCUGUCAUCCAAGAUAACCUGAUCAGCUUCAUCAUGUUCUUUGGACUGUUGACUAAUGAGCUCUGCAUUGGUAUUAUUUAUACCUACUUCGUUGAUCUCUAUCCCACGUCUUAUCGGGGUAUGGCGGCCUGUAUAGCAGUGAUGGUUGCCCGUUCCAGUGCCCUGGGCGGCGUCAACGUACUAGGAUCUUAUAUCAUGACGCACUGCUCUUCCAUGUUCUAUAUCAGUGGUGGACUGAUGCUCUCGGCAGCAUCAUUAGCAUGCCUGUUACCACCGGAUAUAAGGAAAUAA